UUUUGUUGUGUUAUGAACCAGAGUUGACCUUUUUUUUUCUUUUGGAAAAAUAAAAUUGGUUUCUUUUUAUAAAAUGUAUAUUAUUAUAUCUGCCGGCCGUCUGCAUACUCGAGAAGAAGAUCUCUCUUUUCUUUCUUUCUUUCUUUGUGCAGAAUAGGGAGAGGAGAAUUGAGACAUAGAGUCAUAGUAGUAUGUCGUCUUCAGAGUGCUUUGAGAACCCACCAAUCCUGAGCUCAACGUUCGGUAAAGGGAUCGUGAAAGAGCUCGGAGGACUCAAGACCUACGUUGCCGGGACUGAUCAUUCAAAGCUUGCCAUCGUCCUCAUCUCUGAUAUCUUUGGUUAUGAAGCUCCAAAUUUGAGGAAAGUAGCAGACAAAGUAGCAGCAGCUGGAUUUCUAGUAGUUGUUCCUGAUUUCUUCAAUGGCGAACCUUAUGACUUGGACAACCCAGCAAUGAAUCGAGAAUCAUGGAGAAAGGCUCACCCCACGGACAAAGGAUACGAAGAUGCCAUAACCGUUAUUGUUUCCUUGAGAGAACAAGGUGUAACUUCCAUAGGAGCUGCAGGUUUUUGUUGGGGAGGUGUUGUAGUGGCAAAAUUGGCCAAGACUGAUCACAUUCAGGGUGCAGUCAUACUCCAUCCAGGCCGCAUCCCAGAAGAUGAAGUUCCUGAGAUCAAGAUUCCAACUGCUAUACUGGGAGCUGAGAUUGACCAUGCUUCACCGCCUGAUCAACUGAAACGCUUUGGAGAAAUUCUUGCUGCUAAAUCUGAGGUGAUGGAUAGUUUUGUGAAGAUAUUUGCUGGGGUAGGGCAUGGAUGGACGAUGAGGUACAACAGGGAGGAUAAAUGGGCUGUCAAGAGUGCAGAGGAUGCCCUACAAGACAUGCUUAACUGGUUUAUUAAACAUGUUCAUUAACUAUUCCAAAAAGUAGGUGUCUCUUAAUGGGCUGUGUUUGUUAUAAAAUAAGUGCUUACUUACACCACCUCAGUGAAAGCCCACACAAAAUUGAAUCAACAUGUUUUGCUUAAUAUUAUUAUUAUUAUUAUUAUUAUUAAUUGUGAAAACUAGGGUU